GGUCGUGGGAAGGUCUGUGGCCGUGAGCUGACCACCAAGAUGCUGCUGCCCACGGUGCCGGCCAUGGCCGAGGGCAGGGUGGCCAGGACUACAGAUGAUGGGCCACUCCUAGACAAAGAGGACCUGGACACACUGUUCUGCGGCACCAGCAGCAGCAGCCUGCACAUCCAUGGCCUGCAGGAGGAGGACGAGGGGACGUACAGGUGCCGGGCGGAGAACAGGGAGGACUCGCUCGACGCCGUGGCCCACAUACAGGUCCAAGUUGCUCCGAGGUUUCUGAGGCAGCCGGCCAACGCUCUCGCCUAUGAGAAGGAGAACGUGGAGCUGGAGUGCAGCGUGUACGGCCAGCCAGAGCCCUCGCUCCACUGGCUCAAGAACGGCGAGCUGCUGGUGGAGACGGAAUACCUUCAGAGUGUGAGCGGCAACAACCUGUAGAUCCUUGGCCUGGUGCGCCAGGAGUACUCCGGGAUGUACCAGUGUGUGGCGCACAGCUCGCCGGGGACGCCCAGCUGUGUGUCCUUGAGUCAAGUAAGCAGCGGUGCCGUGCGGGGCAGACACUGUUCACACUGUAGCCCUUUGUUUGCAUUCAUGAGUACUGAUGUAUUGUUGUCUGCAUUGGACACAGGCAGUGACUAGUCCAGAUAAUUCCAGGUUGCUAAUAAGCCCAGACGCAAACAUUUACAAGGUUACUGAAUGUAUUCCAAUGUUUCUGGCGGGCAGCUGCAGCCGCUGGUACAGACGCUGCAGUUUUAAAAAGUGUACAUUACCCAAGUUAUUGAUGUUGAUGCAUGUGAUUUUCUUAGCAUGGCUUUAAGCAUAGCCCUUUGUUGUGUUUAUUAUUCCUUGAAGACUGAAUAAAAUGCAUAGAUUACACUGUGGGCAAAGCACACGUCUCCAGUAAUGUGUUCAUAUUUGAUUGUCCUGAAGUUUGGAGAUAUCAAAGCCGGUGCUGAGAGUUACUGACUCACUAAAAUGUGAUUUACCCGAGAAUGACUAUUUUGUUGUGGUAUUUUGAUAAUAAGUUGUCUGGGCUCACCUCCAGGGAGGAGCAGCAUGCCACCACCCACGCACAAGGCAGGUCACAGACACAGUAAGUGGGGCAGCUCAGGCACACCACUACUACUACUACUCCUUGUUUUCAAUACUUAGAAUGUCUGCUCAUUGUUGACACAGCUUGUUUACAUCAUUUGCCUUCUCUUGGUGUGGGCCUUGACAGUCACUGUGCCUACUAGUCUUUAUGCUGUUCACAAUAAUUAUUCCUGGGAUACUCAGUCCUCUACAAGCAGGAAGGAUCACUCAGGUCAGAACCAAAGGACACAACCUGGGAAUAUUUAUUGCAUAAAAAAUUCAACACAAUACUACUACUGUUAAGAUGUAUUUAGCAAAUACAGAGUUAUCCAACUGCCAUUCCAGUGAUUAUAAAGAAAUAAUAACAUUUUAGCGAGUACAUAUACAACAUUUCAUCAAAAGUAAGUAAUUCACACAU